UUUUCCGGAACUUCCGAGAAUGAUUUAACCGAGAAAACAUAUGACAAGAUGAGUUUACAACCAGUUCAAUUUCUAAAGUUCACAACAACGGAAUGAAAACAUGAAUCGAUCUAUGAAGGAUUCUAAGAGUGUCUCUAAAAAUUCAAACGAAUCAGAAAGCAGUAAGUGCUCUGUUAUAAAGAAAACGGAUCAACAAGAUUGGAAAGAAACAACGUCCGCAUUUGCUAGGUCUAUGUGUAGGUGGCCAUUUCAUAAUCCAUUUGAGUGUGUCGAAUUUAUACCAGAGGAAUAUAGUAAAAGACUAAAAGACUUGCUACCCGAAGAAGACGAAAAUAAGACAGGGACAUGAAUACGAGACUUUAAGGAUUAUUUGUGUUUGUCAUGAAUCCAUAUGGAAAAACUAAGAAUUGGUUCUGUAGAACAGACCGCUGUGAUAGUACAUCAGUCGGUGGACGAACUGUGCCAAGUCUCUUAAGGCUUGAUAGUACGGGUAACACACUUUGUAAGAGAGAUAAUCAUACAUCUCUUAACAACAGCAUGGCUUCUUGUUUUGCAAAAACUGUUGGUGGCAUUAUGCAAAAAAACAAUUUUUCAAAGGAUAAUUUUGUUGGUAGUAUGUCAGACUUUCCAAUAUUACAGAAUACUUGUGAUUUUGCUUGUGAUAAAAAUAUGGCAGCUAAAAACAGUGACUCUAGAAACAUGCCUGUAGCUUCCUGUUUUGGAAAUUUUCAGGGCUUGGCUGGGUGCCUUGGCUUGAAUGCAUGUAGUUCUCUUUCUCAACACCAAACAUUGCAUCAUGGUCAUUUUCAACUACCUUAUGUACAGUUUCACCCUGCAGUUGUCAAUGCCUUUCCACACCAAACUGAUUCGGCCAAAAAGCAGUUUGUGAAAUGUCAAAGCCAAAGGAUGGGGAAGAAGAGCAAUCGUUAUUUCCGAUAUGGAUGGAAAGCUCCGCCUAGGAAGUCAUCCCCUGAGGGUGAAAAGUCAGGUGCGCGGCCUACAAAGUCCGAGGAUGCUUCGGUACGCAAAAAGCAAAAAUGUGAUAACUCAGAGAGGACUCAACAAGAUAAAGAAAAAUAUUCUGAAAAGAAGAAAGAGGAGAAAGCUAAAUAUAAUGAUGACAGUAAAGAUUGUUUAUCUAGUCAUAUGUGUAAUUUAAGUCUUGGUGAAAGUGUCGCAAUUGAAAAUGCAUUAAAUGAUGGUACACCUCUCAGUUCAGAUGACACGGAAGUAGACAAAUCAAAACCAGACUGGUUCAGCAUUGGAAGGCGGGAUUCCGAGAAUAAAUUAUCUCCAUCAAACACGGUGACAGUACUAGACAACUGGGAUGAUGAAAUAUGUGAAGAAAUUCAAUCAGAAAGCUCAAAACUUCAAGAAGAAAUUUUAGAUCUUUUAGCAACUGAUGAUGUGAAAAUCAGUGCUAGCAAUACAUGUUCCAAGAAUAUUGGAGAUGAGUUAUUGCAAAGCAUGGACAUUGAAUGUGAAAAUACCUGUGCCACCAAUGGUGAAUUAAACUGCAAUGACAGCAAACAAAUGGUCAAAGAUAAUGAAGAUUCUGCUCAUCAGUGCCAAAAUAAUGAACCACAUGCUGUGUUAUUUCAGCGUAGCAUGAAUAAAAAAUGUCGCCCUUCCAACAAAAAACGCAGUCGAAGGAAAAGCAGCAAACAUUCAAAGUCUUUCAGAUGUGACCAGGGUCAAAAAAGAAAAUUGGAGGAUGGAAACCCUUCUAAUUUUGGUGCUAGUGCCAUAGCCUUUAUCAUGGGAAAUUGUGAUCCACAUUCCAUUUUAGACAGUGAGAGUGAUUUUUCAUUUGACAGUGAUGAAGAUUCCUGCGAGUCUAUGGAGGACGAUAUCGACUUUCAAUUUGCUGACCCUUUCAGUUUCUGUGAGAAAGCCAUUUUUCCUACCAGUUCUAGUCCAGGCCAAGAGGUCAGCCAAGCUGUCAGUGCAGCAAACCGUGCCUGGCAUAUUGGGUCCCAAGAAUCCAGUCCAAAAGAUGCUCCGCUGGAAAAUAAGAAGGUUCAUUUUGCAAGAGCAGAGAAUCUCGCAGAAAUGCAUGAAGCAGACGAAUGGAACCGCAAAGGACACUGGGAGGAAUAUGCAAGGGAUAGAGAACGAUUUAAGCGAAGAAUAGAAGAAGUUCAAAGAGUGUUAGAUCCUGUUCUGAAUCAGAGUCAUCGUGAGCAUGUGUAUAAAAGGCUUCAUACUGCUUAAUGGGGUUUUGAGAAUGAAACAAAGUGCUUGGUUGUGCAUCAUAUAUUUAAAGCAAUGCAAUUUCUGGCUUUUCAUUCCAAAAUUUAGUUCAACAUUUUCAAGAAUUCAUAGGAACAGGGGAUUAUUAUAAUCUGCAUUUUUUUUUAAUCAGCAAUUUAAAUGAUUGAAGAAAAUUGUGAUUUAGAUUACAAUGAAAAAUGUUAAUUGAUUUUAAUCAAGCUUCUUCAAAUUCUUUGUUGCUGUCCUUGAUUUACAUUUUAUGCACAUUUUAUUACUGUGUUUAGUUUUAUUGUGAAUAUUAGCAUUAAAAUAUUUAUUGCUAA